UAUUCACUGUAAGGUUCAGUUGCUGCUGCUUCUCACUUCUGCUCGGAAUUGAUGAAUUACAACUAACGGAAAGAAGAAAGGGAAUGGUCAUGGUGAGAUCUGAGUCUGAGGUUGACGGAGAAGUUGAAGUUCUCCACGGUAGUAACUCCUCGGAUUAUGAUAGAGUAAAAGAACUCAAGGCCUUUGACGAUUCCAAAGCUGGGGUCAAAGGACUCAUUGAUGCCGGCGUAGCAAAGAUUCCUCGCAUCUUCGUCAGACCACCUGAUGAGCUUCUGGGUUCUGGCUCCGGCAACAAUUUGAUUCCUAAUCUGGUCAGCAACUUGAAGAUUCCGGUAAUAGACCUGGGUCUGACAGCCUCAGGCUCUCACACUGAGCCCGAGGAACACCUGAUUAACAUCACUCGCUGCAACCACAAGGAGAUUUUGGAUGAACUCCGUCGUGCGUCGGAGAUGUGGGGUUUCUUUCAGGUUCUCAAUCAUGGAAUUCCGACGAGUCUACUGAACGACAUGUUAGAAGCGACGCGGAGGUUCCAUGAGCAACCACCAGAGGUGAAGAUGGAGUUUUACUCCCGUGAGCUCAUGAGGAAGGUCAAGUUUAGCAGCAAUUUCGAUCUGUAUCAGUCACCCGCUGCCAAUUGGAGGGAUAGCUUGUUCUGUGUGAUGGGUCCUGAUCCUCCUUGCCCAGAUGAAUUGCCUGUGGCUUGCAGAAAUGUGUUGGUAGAGUACUCUGAGCAAGUUAGGAGAUUAGGGUUUGCAUUGUUUGAGCUACUAUCGGAGGUUCUUGAUCUCAACCCUCACCACCUGAAAGAUAUGGAUUGUGCGGCAGGGCAUUUAAUCUUAUGUCAUUACUAUCCAGCAUGCCCUGAGCCUGAGCUGACGAUGGGAACCAGCAAACAUUCUGACCCUGAUUUCCUCACUAUCCUUCUGCAAGACCAUAUCGGUGGCCUCCAAGUUCUUCAUCAAAAUCAUUGGGUUGAUGUUCCUCCAUUGCCUGGAGCUCUGGUUGUGAACAUUGGAGAUCUCCUACAGCUUAUGUCUAAUGACAGGUUUAAAAGUGUUGAGCACAGAGUCUUAGCUAACUGUGUAGGCCCAAGAGUAUCUGUAGCUUGCUUUUUCACCACACACCUUCAUCCAUCAACGAAGAUUUAUGGCCCUAUCAAAGAAUUGUUAUCAGAAGAUUAUCCACCUAUAUACAGGGAGACCUCAUUGAAAGACUUUAUCUCUUACUAUGAUUCAAAAGGACUUGAUGGGAACUCUGCUUUAACACAUUUCAAGUUGUCGUAGCUCACUGAAUCCAUGGGUUCAUUGCUCCAAAAUGA